CCUCCUCCUCCUCCUCCGCGCUGGGCUGCGCGGCGGCGCAAGGCGCAGUGCCCGGCUUUCCUCCCGCUGCGUCUCGCUGCGCGGCACGCACUGCGGAUCUCGCCGGGGGAUAGAGAGAAAGCGAGCUACGACACCCCUUCUACACGCACACUUUUUUUUUUUUUCCUCCCUCUGUAAUUAAUAUUUUUAACCCCUUCUACUCGCUCUGGCCCUCUUGGGGGGCUCUCUUUGCCCGCGCCACGGACAGCGGUGCCCCCUGCGCGGGGAGCCGGAGCCCUGCGGAUGCGCCUUCCAGGGACUUGGGGCGCUGACGCUCGGAGUGGAUUUAUAGACUCCCCGAAACAGCCCGGGCUGGUGUCGGUGCGGAUUGCAAACUGCGGGGAGCAGCGAGAGCAAUAAGAGACACGCAGGAGGAGCCUCCUUACCGGGGCUGUGUCCUUUUCUCCCACCCCUUUCAUUUCUCCCACUUCCAUUUCUUCUUAUUUUAUAUAUAAUUUUUUUUUUUUUUUACUCCUUUACAUGCGGACCUUAGACGCUGUGAAUGUGUAUGGCGCACUGGAUCCAAAUGGGAGUUGGCAGUUUGAGUGGCAUCUUCCAAGGCAGCCGGGAGACCCCGAGUAAGAGGAAGGACUGAGGCAUUUGCAUUUUUUUGUUACUGUUGUGUUGUUACUUCGGAGGUAGCUUGGAUCUUACCUCGCGGGAGAAUUUUCUACAUGCGAGUGGCAUACAUGACUCAGUAGAUCUGCUCGCAGCUCUCGCCGAGUGCCAUCGUCGACCCUUCGCGUGUGAUUUCUUUCUUUUUCCUUUUUUUUCUCUUUCUCCUCCCUGUAAAUCGGCCCGGUUGUUGGGGAUACCGGGCACCCACCCUGCUGUUGCUGUUCAGGUACAGGGGAAAUCUCACGGAGGAGUUGGCGAGGCUUUGGGAAGGGACUUGGUGCCGCUUUCGACCAUGGCAGCGCGGAGGCGAGACGCCUCCUUUUGGAAGUACUGUUGGGGAGUUUUGAUGGUUUUAUGCAGAACUGCGAUGGCGAGAUCGAUAGUUUUAGACCCGAUAUAUUGGAAUUCCUCUUCUUUUAGAUUCCUUCCUGGACAAGGAUUGGUACUAUAUCCACAGAUAGGAGACAAACUGGAUAUUAUAUGCCCAAAGGUGGACUCUAAAACUGUUGGCCAGUAUGAGUAUUAUAAGGUCUACAUGGUUGAUAAAGACCAAGCAGAUAGCUGUGCUAUUAAAAAGGACAAUACACCUCUACUCAACUGUGCCAAGCCAGAUCAAGAUGUUAAGUUUACCAUCAAAUUUCAAGAGUUUAGCCCUAAUCUCUGGGGCCUGGAAUUUCAGAGGAACAAAGACUAUUACGUCAUAUCAACAUCAAAUGGGUCUUUGGAGGGCCUGGAUAACCAGGAGGGAGGGGUGUGCCAGACAAAAACCAUGAAGAUCCUCAUGAAAGUUGGACAAGAUCCCAAUUCUGCUGGGUUACCUCGGAAUACAGAUCCAACGAAACGCCCCGAACAGGAAGCUGGUACCAACGGGAAAAGUUCCACGACGAGUCCAUUUGUGAAGGAUCAUUCAGGAUCUAGCACAGAUGGCAGUAAGGCUGGGCAUUCCAGUAUACUGGGUUCAGAGGUGGCCUUAUUUGCAGGGAUUGCAUCAGGGUGCAUCAUUUUCAUCGUCAUCAUCAUCACUUUGGUGGUUCUUUUAUUGAAGUACCGAAGAAGACACAGGAAGCAUUCCCCGCAACACACUACAACUCUCUCACUUAGUACAUUAGCCACCCCAAAACGCAGUGGCAACAACAAUGGUUCUGAGCCCAGUGACAUUAUCAUUCCUCUAAGGACUGCAGACAGUGUCUUUUGCCCCCACUAUGAAAAGGUCAGCGGCGACUAUGGACAUCCGGUGUAUAUAGUUCAAGAGAUGCCUCCUCAGAGUCCAGCAAACAUUUAUUACAAGGUCUGAGAAACAUAAAACCAACUCCGUGGUACAGUUGAGUCAAAGAGGAAACUUACUGGUCAAAUGCUUUCUGUUGGGGUUUGUGAUGAUGCCUUGUGCGCUAGUAUUGACUCAAGCACAGGGGAGAAAAGGCGACAGCUGUUUCUCCAAGAGCCAACUUGAGCUGGACAGCUUACCUAGUCUGUAGAAUUCCUAUCUCAGUGAAGUAUUCACUAAAAGCUGGAAGACUUUAAUGUAGAAGAUACCCAUUCUGAUUGCUGUACUCUUGUUACAUUCAUCAUCCUCAAAGCCAUGUGCUGCAGGCAUUCAGGCAUGUACAAAAGCCAAGGGAAGAUGGAGUGAUCCAUGGAUGUUAAUAGUUCCAGGCAUCCUGGGAAGGUGCUCUAGGAUAUCAAGCUUGAAAUGCAAUCUUCUGACUUUUGUGUCUCUCUCAGUGCAUACCGGAUUUGUCACACAGACCUUGGUGUCUAAGUAAGACUUUUAAAGUUCUCUUGCUUUUAGUCCGUCACUGUUCCAUUUAUUUCUGUUAUCUGGGGCUCUGCCAUCCUUCACGUAAGAUUUCCUUUCACUCCACCUCCUGAAUCACUAAUGGAACAUUAAUGUUUGGAGAUCUGUGCUCCAUCCAUCUGCUACAGCAGCCUCACUUGAAUGGGUAAUACGUUUAUAGAAAUUGUGUUUGAUAGUAAGGAGCCUUCCAGCCAAAAAGUUAGGCUGUCAACACAGUCAGGAGAGAGACUGGGUGGUGGAGGGAAGGGCUGACUGCAGUUGCAAUUGAGUACUGCUGCCUCAGAAAUAGAAGCUGGGAAGAAGAAACCAUUUAGGUAGCACAGCACUUUGGUAUGCUGAGUUUUAAGAGGCAGGUAGGAGACACAAUAACACGCGCAGUGGAUUAGGGCUGCAUUUGAAGGAAUUCAUGGUUAUCAAAUACCAGUGUGCAGAAAAAAAGUACCUUCAAUACAGUAGAACAAAGGGGUAUUGUUAGUAAACGAACAAGCUUGGAGAGGACAAGACAAUAGUAGGCCACUGAGGAUAUAUUAGGGCAGGGCUGUUGUGGUACUGGCAAUAAAACAUACAGCUUUGAAGCUGUAGCAAAAAUGUAGUCUGCUUUGGAUGACUUUUAAGCAGACUCAGCUGCUAUACUAUCACAUUAUACUAAACACAGGGAAAGCAUUUAAGAAAAUAGCAGAGAGCCAAAUCUGACCAAGAUGAUUAUAAGCCAAUGGGUCAAAUGAGCUGUAAUUCCAUCGUUGAUAAAGUUGUAGUUAAAAAAAAAAAAAACUUUCUUAUUUCUAAAAAUAAAUCAGAUUUUCUUCUGACUGAGCCUUUUGACACUUUGGUAGUGCUGUCCCUGCACAGUGAGUGUAGGUACUGUAACUGACACAGCAGUUCAUUGGUGCUCUGUUGCAAAGUUAAAGCACAUACGGCAAACCUCUUGCAGUCCAUAAGAAUAAAAUAAAUUAUGACACUGAGAUGGAGAAGGAAGAUAUGUCUUAUUUAUAAUAGGUGUAUAGAACACAAGGGAUAUAAAAUGAGAAUUUUUCUUUCUUUCUUACUUUUUUGUUUUGUUUUGUUUUUUUACUAAUAUAUAUUUUGAGAUUGCACAGAAUCUACACCAGAAGAUGUGAAAUUCAUUUGCGGCAAUUACAUAGUCUUAACUUGUCAUCAUUUUAUGCACACACACACACACACACACACACACACACACACACACACACACACACACACACACAUAUGUGU